CCGGUUUGAACGGCGGAGCAGCACAGCAGCGAAUCACGGCGGUUGACGCGCGAGAUCAUGUCCGAAGGGAACCCAGUUUGCGAAAACAUCGGACAUUGCGGGUAAAAAGUAACUGUCUUCAUGAAGUUUUAAUUGUCCAAUACUCUUAGCUGUAAACACCGGACAGAGAUCCAAGAUGCCCAUUCCUCCCCAUCCCCCUCCUCCCCCCACCCUUAGCCAGGCAAACACAACCCCUCCCAAGCUGAGCCGAGAUGAAACGAAGGGCAGAGGGGCAUUGCUCUCUGAUAUCUGCAAAGGGACCAAGCUGAAGAAAGUUGGCGUUGUCAAUGAUAGGAGUGCACCUUUGAUUGAGAAGCCGAAAGGAAGUGGUGGAGGCGUGUCCAUCAGUGGAGGGUCUUCUGCCGUGGUCCAGCCAGUGGGAGGGCUAUUUCAGGGUGGUGUCCCAAAAUUACGAUCUGUAGGAGAUGGUUCAGCAGGCCGGUCUGCAUUGCACCCUCCUGGCACUCGUUCUGCUGCACCUCGCCCAGCUGGCAGCCAGGAUGACCCCGACAGUCCCUCUCAGCAGGCCUCACCAGAGUCUGGCCGUUCCCAGAGACCGUCCCUGCCUGAUCUCUCCCGUUCCCCUGGUGGAGGCAGCAGCCCGUCUACAGGCAUGAAGCACAGCUCUUCUGCCCCACCUCCACCACCCCCCAUGUCUCGGCGUGGAAAUGCUCCUCCUGCUCCAUCGCAGAAAGCCACAGCGCCCUUGUACAAUCGCGAAAAGCCACUUCCGCCAACUCCAGGGCAGCGAGGACCUUCUGCAGCGCCGGUGCGUGAAAACGCACCACCUCCACCUGUGAAACCACCUCCGUCACCUGCGAACAGCCGCUCGUCUUCAUCCUCCUCUUCCUCCCUUGCCCCGCUGCCGCCCCCAUACCGUCAGCAGUCAGGGGUUUCCAAUGGCCCCUCCAGUCCUGUGAAUGAAGAUGCCCCCCAACUGCCCCAGAGACACAACUCACUCAGCAAGAAGCCUUCAGCAAGUGGACACACACCGACACGUGGACAUGCGCCGCCUCCACCACCAUCACCCACCCCGCAGGCUGCCAGACCCCCUCCUCCAGCACGAGAGCCCCCGGGACGAGGAGCAGCUCCUCCAGUUCCUGGACAGCCGUCACGAAAUGGUCGGGAUGCUCCUCCGCCGCCUCCACCUCCUCACCGGACUCAUGGCACUAGCUCUGAUGUCCCAAGCCGAGGCAAGCCCCCUCCUCCCCCCUCCCGCACACCAGCCGGACCCCCGCCCCCUCCCCCGCCCAUCCGCAAUGGACACACUUCCAUUUCCCGUUCCUUUGUAGAUGAUUUUGAGUCCAAGUAUUCUUUUCAUCCUCUGGAUGACUUCCCUCCUCCAGAAGAGUAUAGACACUUCACUAAGAUAUACCCAAGCAAAGCUAACAGAGUAAUGAGAGGAGCCCCUCCUUUGCCGCCUGUUGGGAGGUAAACACUGUGACCAGUCGCUCGGACUGCAUCAGCGACGAGGGUUCUUCACACAGACCCAUGCGCUCAUAAACAGACAAUCUCACAUGCACAUCUAAAGACACAAAGCCUGCACCUUAUUAACAGCCAUUCGCCCAUCGGAUAACAUUCCUCUACAUUCAAGCAAGCUCCAUUGUAUCACCUUAGUCUGGUGCAGAAGGUUGUCUUCGCUCAGAAAAGAGUGAGAUAAAGGAAAGUAUUGCAUUCCAUCAUCAAUAACGGUUAACUAUAUUUAAUUAUUUUC